CGUGCCGAGGCCUGCCCUGUUUUAAAUUCUUAUUUCCCCUCCAUGUCACGUUAGCUCCCUCUAAGCACGCCAAGAAAGGAAUUACUCUCCACCUGGAAAAAUGGCAUCGUCGUCGUGUCCUCUGCAAACGACUAUAAAACCCCAUCCCACCAAGAUUAACCAUCGAUCGCCCGGACCAAAGCAAAACGAGCACAAAAAACGCGCGCUCGCUCGCGGCAGCAGAAGCACGAUCCACCUCCACAAGCGGCAUGGCGCCACCGUACGAGGCGAUGCUGAAGUCGAUGGCGUACGAGCGGAUGCGCAAGGAGCACCCCUCGGAGUUCGCGCCGGCGAAAGUCUUCUUCACGCACGACGCGCGCAGCGCGCUCGACCGGCGCAACAGCUUCCGGGUGAAGGCCGCGCUCGUCUACGAGGCCAUCAUGGGCCACCAUUUCGAUGACGACAUGCUGCGCGCCAACAGGCUGCUCCUGGCCCUCGCCAAGGCUUGCCAUUUCAGCAUCCAUUCACCAGCCGAUGAUGCCGGCCGCGCCACAGUUGUAGAAGGAGACGCUCCAGAGGCUGGGGAAGCUGCAAUAAGUGCUAAUCCAGACACCGAAGGGAGCACCCCGGCGGAGGAGAAAGCGGAGCUCACCGACGAAGGCUGGGAUGAGACGCACAAGCGGGUGGUCGACAGCAUCUUCAUCGUCGUCGGCUUCCUCCCGAUGCUCAUGAAGGCGAUCGGCAAGAAUAACGUGGACCGCGAGGGAGUCGACGAGAGCUUCAAGUCGCGGCACAUGCAGGACAUCGUCACGGAUGUGAUCAAGCUCGAGAACCAGCUCCCCCUGAAUGACCUGCUCGACGUGGCCGGCGUCAUCGAGGGAGUGAUCAAAGAGACCGUCGGCCGCGAGGAGUUCAAGGACGUCAAAGACUCCAUCAACGGCGAGUACAAGCUGCCCUUCACCAAAGAUAGCUUCGGCGACGUGAUCCACGGUUUCUGCUGGUACUACUCGCCGUUCUUCACGAAGAAGGCGCCGGCUCCAAAGGGCGGGCGGUUCAAGGACGUGGCGAAGGAUCCCAAGAUGGCCUUGCGCACGCUCCUGGAUUGCCUGCACCAAAGUGCGGUGCCAGCGCCGAGGCAGGGCACUAGCGCCACCGGCAGGCCGUCCCGCAUGCCGGCAGCGAGGGCGCUCCGGCGGUCGGGGGUCCGGCUCCAGGCCUCCGAGAACGGCAUCGCCAAGGUCGAGUUCAAGGAGGAGUCGACGACGCUGUGGCUGCCGGCGCUGGUGUACGACUUCAAGUUGGCCACGGUGGUCCGGAACCUCCUGGCGCAGGAGUACGAGGAGCAGAGCAAGCCCGUGACGCGCUACUUCCAGAUGAUGAACGAGCUCAUCGAGGGCGCCGCCGAUGUCCGGGUCCUCCGCCGCGCCGGCGUCGUCCGCGGCGGGUCCAGGGGCGCGCAGGAGGUGCACGAGCUGAUCAAGAAGAUCGACGGGCACGCCACGUACCCGUCGGUGUACAUGGCCAUAGACCAGGAGAUCGAGAAGGUGGGGCAGCACCACGACAAGAGGAUGAAGAACUUCUUCGUUCGCCACCGCCCCGGCGUGAUCUGGGCCUCGUCGGUGGCCGUCUUCUCAGUGAUGGCCGUAGUGGCCGCGAGGAAGAAGCGGGGGUGAAGGGAUGAACGAAUCAGCAGCGCCUAAAGGUGGUGUCACAAAGAAUAUCGUUAUGUGUAUGUACAUAUGUGUAACUUGAUUUGUUGCGAUGCCUAUCAUGAUAUAUACGUACUUACG